UACAGAAUUUCAGCCAGCAUCGCUAAGCCUUUGACACUACCUCUUUCUGACGCAUGCAAUACAGUUCGUUUCCAAAUUGCAAGAUUUGACUGGCACAGGGACAGCCCAGUCGGAUGUGGUGCCGAGAAGCAACGUUGUUUAGAUGAGAAUGUCCUAAUACUUAGUGUAGUUCACCCUUUAAGUGCUGGUUGCUCAGCUACACUUUUUUACGCAAGAUCGUUUCUCGUUUCCUGGCGAACGUGACAUAGGCUAGGUAGAGAGAGUUCUGUGCCCUUUGCAGUGGGGCGCUGCUUACAAAGGGAUGGGGCGAGGGAUCGACUAGGGCGGACACGCAUCCAUUGACAGAUCGCAAUGUCAACUGAGGAUGGAAAGAAUGCGCUGAUGCUCCGAACCACGCAGCGGAUCAGCGACGAACUGAAUCAGCGGAGACGAAAAUGACCCACACGGAGAUGGAGAUGUUGGGCGCAGGACAGCCCCGGCGGUCACGCACAGUGAAGAGGCGCAGGUGGGGCGGUCUGCGGCAGCAGUGGAAGCUGCUGGGGCUCUUUGAGAUCGACCAGCAGCAUGACUUCUACGGCCUCACCUGCAUGAUGAAGGAGGGCCUGUCUGCUGCCAUCCAGAACUCCAUAGACAACCCACUUCCUGAGGAACUGUCUGACGAUGAUUUCAGGAUGGAGGUCACUCAGAUUCAUAAGGACUUUCGAAUGGAGUCGUUUGCAGGGCCCGUGUUUGCCAGCUUGCGUCGCUCUCUGGGAAUGACAGAGAAAGAGUAUCAGCACUCACUGUCGUCUGAAGGCCACUACCUGCAGUUUAUCAGCAACUCCAAAAGCAAAGCAGACUUCUUCCUCACAAAUGAUAAACGGUUCUUCCUGAAGACACAAAACAAAAGGGAAGUUCGGUUCCUGCUGUCUAAUUUAAAAAUCUAUAUGGAGCAUCUGGAAAAUUAUCCCCAUUCCCUUCUGGUUAAAUUCUUAGGUGUUCAUCGAAUCAAAAUUCCCCAGCAGAGGAAGAAAUACUUCAUUGUAAUGCAGAGUGUUUUUUACCCAGAUGAGAGAAUAGAUGCAAGGUACGAUAUUAAAGGGUGUCAGGUGAGCCGCUGGACAGAGCCUGCACCUGAGGGCACUCAGGUCAUUGUGGUGCUGAAAGAUCUCAAUUUUGAAGGGCAGUUCAUCACACUAGACCAGCAGCGGCCCUGGCUACUGCGGCAGGUGGAGAUAGACACGGCCUUCCUCCAGACGCUGAACGUGCUGGACUACAGCCUCCUGCUGGCCCAUCAGCCCUUGCACCAGGACGAGCGGCACCAGAGUCUCUCCUUCGCCACACUCAUCAUGCGCACCAAGAAGUCUAUUUCAGCCCUCACUGCAAAGGGGGGAACCAGCAGGUCCAUGAUCACGAGCUCCAGUCCCACGCACACAGGAACAGCCCCCUCAGUGCCAGGAACAGUGCCAGAGGAGGAAUCCACCAUUCUGGUGUCCCAGACGGACUGUGGGAUGCAGCAGUGUCGAGUUGUGGAGACGCAUAAAGGCAGCUGUGAGGUUGAGGAGGAAGUCGGCAGUGUACACGGAGAGCCGUGCGGGAGAGGGGCACGCACAGGCUCAGCGGAGCUGAGAGACUUCCAGACCCAGAACCGCAGACUGCUCCCCAACUUCAAGAACCCCCUGCACGUCAUCGACGGGCCAGAGCAGCGCUAUUUCAUAGGCAUCAUUGACAUUUUUACCGUGUACGGUUUUAAGAAGAGGCUGGAGCACUGGUGGAAGAGACUCAGGCACCCAGGGCAGACCUUCUCCACAGUCAGCCCUCCUGCCUACUGCACACGCCUGUGUCAGUGGGUGCAGGAUCACACCAAGUAGAGUGGAGGUGUGCAGAUGCAUAGGAUCAUCUAGACUUGAAGGCCCGACUUUUGUCAAUUGACAUAAAGUUUCGCUGUCACUGUAACUUACCUUAGCCAACUUGAACGGACGGGGCCUGAAUUCUUACAUGCAGAACAACCAACCGCAGGAUGUUGCUUUCGCAUGACACAUAUUCCAAAAUUAUAUUUCUCAAUUUUAUGUCUUGUUUUAUUCGGCUGAUUGCUGUAGUUAUUUACCUUGUGAAAUGCUUCCUGGCACACUAAUAAGAGACAUAAUGCACAUGUCUUUUCCGAUAUGCAUAUGCGAUUUGCAUUGUGGGUAACCAGUGACAGAGCAGCUGAAGGGGCCCAGCAGCUUUUCCAGCUUUGUGAGCAAUAUGCACCAGACUGCUUGGUGACACUGUUUGAGGAGGCCAUCCGAGGCUGGGGUCUACCAACACACACCACCCAGGGAAAGCAAGAGAGAUCCCCCUGGAUGCAGACUGAAACCAGGAAGGAAAUGGCCAGACAUCCAAUUGGGGAUCUCAUCACAUUUGUGUGAGCACUCCAAAGAUGCAGUUGUUUUUCAUGUUUUACAUGCUUCUGUUGUCCGAUGCAAAAAAGUACCUUGAAUUUGUGUAUUUUUUAAUAUACUAUCAUGAAUUACAAUAAAUACCGAUGAUGAA